UUUUAAUGAGAAAUUGAUAUAAUAUUCCUACAAGGAUUCAUGGGGCAGAAUAAUUCAUCAGAAUAUAGAAACAAGUCAUACCACUCGCUUCCGCAGUUCAUAGAGAGGUUCCAGGACCAUAACGAGGAUGAAGACACAAGUGCUGAUGGAAGGAUCAGCCCAAUGUACAAAAAGACAUCAAAUAAAGCCAAACAUUACUCUAUUGCUGAACAUAAAUCCAAACUCCUAUUGACUACUAUUACAUUGGAUGAUGUUAAUGAACGGUUUAGAGGAGAGCAAAGCCGUAAUUCUGGCCAGUAUAAUCCUCCUCCUAGCGAUGGGAUUGAAGGAAAUAAUAAUAAAUACAGAACACGUGAUGAGACCAAUGAGCCUCAAACACAAGAAACAGCAAUUUUUGGGCAGAAGGACCUUGAAAGUGUCUCUGCUUUCACAAAAGACGCCAAUAAUAAAUCUGAAAAAUCGUCUCAAAAUGCAGAUCCAGGGUUUUAUGACUCUAAUAUUGAAAACAGUAUGGCAGAGAUCAGCCAGCGACGGAGUACAAAGAAGCUAUUCAAAGCAUCCAAAUAUGAAGAAUCAAAAUAUGAUAAAAGAAUAGGCUAUUCUUCAGAUGACCAUUAUCCAAAAGUCUGAGAUGGAAUUUCAGUAAGUCACAAAAAUUCAAUGACGAGUAAAAAUGAUGAAGCAGAUUGUUCUUACGACCUUGAACUAAACAAGAAUACGAGGAAGAAUACUGAAAUUGCUCGUAAGAUACAAUCUGGGUUGACUUUUGAAAAAUAAUACCUUUAAUACUCCUCAAAGGAACCAUCAUUUCACAUCGUUAAACCUAAACAGUGUUGACUUAGCAGAUCUCGAUCUCCUCGAUGAUAAAGAGGAUGAGCAAGACCCAAAAGAAAGGGAGAAAAUGCUACAAAUGAAAAAGAAGAUCCUGGCUCAACAAAAGAAGGAGAGAAAAGCCAAAAUCCAAGAGGAUACUCUCUACAGAUACAACCGUAAUGACAUGAUUCAGAAGGUAAGUAAGAUACUUCAUCAGCAUAUUGUGUUUGCUGAAACUAAAAUUCCUUAUCCCUCACAAGGAGCGAUGCUAUUUGAUGAGAAAAUCUACUUGAGAGAAAGAUGGAAGGUCCACACAACUCAUGGGUUUAGUGUCACCCUUCCUGUGUUCCUAUACGGACUAGAGAGAGUUGAAUACAAGAUUGAAAAUUGAACCCCUGAAGAUAUCCAAAAUUUGAUUAAGUCGAUAUUUGAUGAACUCCAACUCGCAAUAGAAUGUAUCCUGAUCAUGCUGAUAUAUAUUGAAAGACUUAUGACCAUGGGUGGCAUUGAAGUCAGAUUAAUCAAUUGGAAGACAUUAGUCUUCACCGGAACACUACUAGCCUCCAAAUUUUGGGAAGACCUCAGUUUUUGGAAUGUGGAUUUCCUCGGAGUUGGUCAAAAUUAUUCUCUAGAAGGUAUCAACCAAUUAGAAAAAGAGUUUUUAGGCCUCUGAAGGUACGACCUCUUUGUAUCUGCUAAGCUUUAUGCGAAGUAUUACUUCGCAGUAAGUGAUAAAUAUAUGAAAGAAAAGAAAGUUAUUAAACCUUUCAGACCUGAUAAGUUUAAGCUCAAGCAAUCUAGAGCUGGGUACAACAUGGAAGUUAGUCGAGAAUAUGAAAAUAUUUCAAAGAAAAAGAUUGACAAAAAUUACCCAGAAGACCAUCAGCAGCCUCUCUUGGACAAUUACUAA